GUGUUCCUCCUUUGUAUUUGUCCAAAAUAGCUGCUGUUGGCAACAUAUCACCCCUGCCCCAUAUUUACACACAAUGAAUAAUCAACCCUUGUACUAUAAACAUGUUUACUUAAGAUCCUUGAGCUGAUGAGUUCCAGAGUCCUACAAACAUCCAAAGAUGCCUGUCGACUACAGCGGGACUUGGGACAUUGUCAGCAAUGUCAAUUUUGAAGGAUACAUGGUCGCACUUGGCAUUGAUUUUGCAACACGCAAGAUUGCCUCGAUGUUGAAGCCCCAGAAAGUGAUUAAGCAAGAUGGAGAUUGCUUCACAAUCAGGACAUUCACCACCUUCAGAAAUUAUGAGAAUUCAUUCCAAAUUGGGGAAGAGGUCAAAGAGGUGACUAAAGGGAUGGACAACAGGACAUGUCAGUCGGUGGUGAACUGGGAGAAUGAUAAGCUGGUGUGUGUGCAGAAAGGAGAAAAGAAGAACCGAGGGUGGACUCACUGGAUUAAGGGGGACGAGCUUCACCUGGAACUUACUUGUGAGGAUCAAGUCUGCAAGCAAAUCUAUAAAAGGACUUUGUGAUGUGUCUUAAAAAGUAUCAGACUUCAGAGAACUUCAUUUGUGUUUCCAUGAAAUGAAAAAAACAGUAUUUGCCACAAAAUCUUUAAAUAAAGAGCAUUUUGAAAGAA